AUGUUGGAAAGUCUGGAACAGAGUGAAGAGAACUACAACAAAACAAGCCAAGACGACGACGCAGAAGACUUUGUCUCUGACCAUGUACAAGAUCCUGUCGAAAACGAAGUCCCCAUUGAGGCCACGCAGAUGUCAAGCAACAUUGGGCAGUCAUCGGGAGAAGGGUCCCGAAUUCCCCCGCUUCCCAUCAUGCCGGGUGCUCCAAUCUUUAGCCAGAAUUAUGGCAUAUGGUUUGUACCCGCCACCGAUGACCAUGGGACCAGAGUGUUUGGGCCGGCCGAUGAUCUGGAAAGCGGCUACACGAGUAUAUACGACGGCGUGCGUCCAGAGGACUACAUGUCUAGGAUGCAAGAAGAAGCGGACUUUGUCAUCAAUGAGCAGAUCGCUACUAUCAACAAAUCAUUCAAUAGGCUCUCACUUGCCGGAAGAAAUUCAGCUCCUGAAAGAAGAGCGUCCGCCUAG